AUGACGGCUAGCAGCUCACAAUCACGGAGACAUCGAGAGCGUUCGGCGCGCGAGCAGGACUGUGGGAGGCUGAAGAAUCAGGUGGUCGCCGACGGCACCAUCGCGAUCUCACCUCCAACGACAACCGAAGACGAGGCCCACGACCUCUACUAUCGCUCCCCUCGCCCUCGUAAAAAUAAGGGCCGGUCAACGACGGCGGACAGCCAGGAGGAUACUGCUCUCCUUGACCUAGCAGAGGUCGCGGUGAGCUGGUUACCCCCGCCCACUCCGCCCCCCCCAGAAGCACGACGCCGCCGCCGGCAGCGAGCGAGUAUGCCGCCACCUUCCGCUUCGUCUCCAUGCCCCAGUGAUUGCAACGUCGAGGGCAGCACUGGAACACCACCAUCACCACCACCACCCUGCCCUCGAAACGGUGGACCAGUCGGCGGCAAGAAGGACGGCUAUGGGGAAGAUUCCAACGAACACUCCUGGGCGUCCAAAGACAGCAGUCGCUGGGCUUAUGGCCGUUGCCAAAGCGUCGCGCGCAUUGAUGGGACGCCCCCAAAAGACGGGUGCCGCGGUGAGAUGCGACCGACUGGCGGCGCAACGGCGGCGACUGAGACCACCACCCCGGUCGAAGAGCACAAAGACACGGACGGGCGAAGAGGGGGGAGGGAGUCUUCGGGGGAACUGCAGGGCAACCGGAAUCUCGAGGAACGUGGUGGUUGGGCCGGUAGCGACGAGGGGUCGGCGGCCAGGCGCCGAGCGGAUGAAGUUCUAGCGAGGAUCUCUGCCCUCGAAGUCUACUUCGACCGGGUCGAAGAUCAAGUCGUGCGAACGGCGCCUGCGCCUGCAGCGGCUGAAGCCCAAGUACCCGGACGCGUGCCACUCAGCAAGGGAAGGAGUUCUGAUGCUGCGGCGUCCAACAGUUGUUCGAACCCGACACUCGGCGUGGGCAAUAGGGGAGGACAAGGAGAAAUCUUGCUGGCAGAAGUUGAAACCGCACAAACCGAGGGUCAAACCGGCGGUGAUUCUUCCAAGGCUCUCGCUCGCGGUGAUCGGCCAUCCUCCCCUCCUCCGCUGCCAAGGGAUUCGCAAACCCGAACCCGCAAAAAAAAAGACGAUGGCGAAGAAGAAGUACUAUCAAGCGAAGAAUAUGCCGUCGCUAACUCUGGCCUGCGGACUUUGGCACCACGGCGAUCAAACGACGCUGCUGCUGUUCCCCCGGCAAUGCUCGAGUUGAGCCCUUCAAAAGCGGGACGCGGGACACUUUCCCGGGGCUUCGAAGUAUGCGACGUCGGAAACGGCGCCGGCGUCAGCAGAGGCGGAAAUGGCGAAAGCAGUAGUGGCGGGACUAAUGAGCAACACAACAAGUUUUACUUCGAUGUGGGAAGGACGAUGGUGCUCGACACCUUCCAAAGAACAGCUGGCAGGUAG